UGACACAUCAUUAUCAUUCAAAAAUGUCUUUUAUUAUUUAUGUCUUUUAUAAUUAUCACUCAAAACAGCUGUAGUUUACAGUAGGGUUCAUUAUUGAUGUUUUAUGUAUUUUAACUGCAUAAAUUUAUUAUAGCUACCAUUAUAGUAACAUACAGAAUAUUUCCACUGCCCUAAAAAUCCUCUUUGCUCUCCUUUUUUCAUCCCUCCCUACCCCUUAACCUGACUUGCUUUUUAAAAAAUAAAAAUGACUUGCUGGAUAUUAGAUUGUUUUUCAGUUGUAUUUAGUUAAUACUUAGAAUUAUGAUUCAUUCCAACAUUUCUGCACUUUGAUUUUCUAAUGAAAUCUUCGACCUUUUAAAAACUCUUCUUUCUCUUGGCAUAGACUUAGAAUACAGUUUUAGAAAUAUGGAGAAUAUUGAGGUGUUUUCAAUAAAAUAUUAACUAAUUGAUGGCUCUUUAAAUUUUAUUUCAUUAGGCUGUUAGGGUUUUACUAGUUGCCUGGGUGAACUUCUUUAUGUAUGUGCUUAUAAUAGGUUUUAAAUCUAAAAUGUCUUCUUAGAUUUGAGUGAUCAGUAAGUCAUGAUUACUUGGCCAUUUACUUAUAAACGGUAUUGAUUUCUUUGAACACAUUAUUAUAAUUGUCGCAGUCCAGGGGGUCCCAGAAAUUGGUUUUGUUGAGAAAGCAUAAUCUCAAUUUAACUUCUCAGCAGAAUCUUGCUCAGUAGAAAUACCACAUAUCUUAAACAUGAGUGGAAUAGUGUUUAAAAGAUCCCAUAUUAACUUAUUAUUGCAAGCUACAGAUUGUGUAAAGGUGUGUUACUUUUUUAAGGGGACCAGCAUGUACAGAAGUAGUGUACACAGUGCAGUGUAUGCGGAGAGCUUGCUGGAAAGGAAGGAGUGGAGAGAGAUGAGGGUGCAGAGAUUAGUGGUAAUUGCACUGGGAAGGGCCAGAUAAACUAUGUCAGGGAGUUUGCGCCUAAUGCACUAGAAUCCAGUAAACCAGCCACCGAAGCAUUUUUGUAUUUGAAUGGUGGUGACAAGUUUGACUUCUGCAAGGGGCUUUAGCUGUCAUGAUUUUUACUUUGUUUUAUUAAAAAAAAAAGCUUGACUCAGUAAAAGGCUUGACUGGAAAGAGUUAGGGCCUUGUUCUGGUAUAGAGGCUAGGCAUCUUAAUUAUGCCUUCAUAUCUUUUGUGGAUAUUGCUUUGAGCCUGAGGACAAGAGUUAGAAAUCACUUGCAAAUUAUUGGUCUUAAGAAUGUUGGAAUAAUGUCUCAAUACAGCAUUUAAAAAAAUUAAAAAAAUUUUUUUUACAUGUGUCCAAAGGAGGGAAACAGCAGGUGGAGCAUGCAUAAAACUGAUGCAGAUAGACCCCAAGGUGGAAAUUCUCUCUCCACUGCUUUCUUCCCCAAAAGGUACAAAGUUGUAGUGAGGAUUGUAAUAAACCACACCAAUAUAUUUAGCACACAAUUAUUAAGCACUGAGCAUCUGCAGGUUACCUAGCAGGCCUAGGUAUUUUAUAGAUGAUACUUUGUUUCUCCUAACAACAUUCUGAAGUUGAUGAUAUUGUUAGCUUUUAAAUGAUGAGGAGGUACAGGUAACAAGCAAGUAGCGGAGCUGGGUCUCCAGCUGCAGUCCACUUGGCUCCCAACUCUUGCAAGCACUUGACCUUGCUCCACGCUUGCUGGAAGAGCCUUAUGAUUCUGUUUGCAGAGUAGAUGUAGGCACCAAUUGAAGUGGAGCCACUUAGGCUGCAAGAGUGGCUCUGAUUUUCACGCUCUUUAAGCUGAAGUAUGUUUACUUCAAGCUUAGUAACAAGAAGCCUGUGCUUUAGUAUUCCCUUUUUUAAAAAAAAUUGAGAUAUAAUUGACAUGUGUAACAUUAUGUAAGUUUAAGGUGUACAGUGUGUUGGUUUCAUACGUUUAUUGCAAUGCAGUUACCACUGGUAGUGUUCAUUAUCAUCACAUAAUUAUCAUUUCUUUUUCUGUGGUGAAAUGGUUUUGGAUCUAGUCUCCACAGUUGUGAAGUACGUAUAUAGUACAGUAUUGUUAACUAUAGCCACUAUGCUGCACAUUAGAUCUGCAGAAGUUAUUCAUCUCCUGGUUUCCAGAUUGUAACCUUAACAACAUCUAGCUCCUUACUCCAUGUCUUAACCUUUCAUUAUUCUUCAGGGGUGGAUAUUCUGGAGGAAAAAGUGGUGGGGAUGAAACCAUGAGAGAGGCAAGGAGGAAAGACUGCCGGUGAUUAAGCAUGUGGGAGCUGCAUUCUGGCAGCUCACAGAUGUUUUGUUUCGAACUGUAUUUUAAAGUUCUUAAGUUAAUUGCUAACAGUUAAAAAUCAAGAUGUUUUUAUAUAAAAAUCCAGAUUUCUGGCUUCUGUGAGAAUGUGAACAUCUUGCAUCUUGGGGCCCACCUUCCUGGCUGUUGGCUGUGCUGAGAAUUGGCUGUGCCCGGAAAUUAGACAUGAUCUGCCCAGGUCACCACAGCUCCCAGUCAGUACUGCUGAAUUGGCGUGUUGAUUAUUAACUCCCCGGGCCUCGUUAGCAUUUGCUUUUUGAUUCUGGGUCUUUUGUACAUCACUGUGGUUGGUCGGCCUGAGCAGCCAGGUAAAAUCAGUCUGCAAGUUCAGUAGAUGACAGUGAAAAAUAGUAAUUCUCAAGACAGUUAGUUCAGAAUAACUGAGAUUGUUGAAUUGAUGUCAACACUUAGGAUGAAAAAACAUGCUGUUUUGGUAAAUUUAAAAUUAACUUGGUUAUCGAUAAUUUUUAAGGUAAAAACUUAGAUAAUAUGGAAAUUUAAUUAUUUGUGCUUAUCAGAAGUUUCGUAUUUCCAAGAGAAGGUUAUCAAGUUAACUUGUUAUUUCCUGUUAGUGCAGAAAUGUGUUUGUUUUUUGAAGUAGUUCAUUUGCAAUAUGAGUGGAAAACUAACUGACUUACAAAUUACUGUGCAAGCUAGUUGUAUGUUCAAAGUUGAGCAAAGAUGGUAUAUGUCCAGAGGGAAUUUUUUCCUUAGUCUUAAUUAAGUCUCCAAAGAGGAGUGACCAAUUGAAAAAACCGCAUUAGAGUUUUCUAAGUGUUUAUUUUCUCUAAGAAAAAUAGGAAUUAUACCAUUACCCUCUGAUAGAAGUUUUCUUCAAAGAACAUCAAAGUACAUUAAUUCUUAGUAUGUUUGCUCAAAAUUAAUAAUUCAUAGUUCUGUUAGUGCUUAUGCAGUGAGGGAAUAUAUUCAGAAAUUGUCUAGUCUAAACUUAAACUGAUAUUAUUUAAAAAGAGUUCAGAGAUUGCAAGGUGAUUUUAUGUGUACAUUUUAUUUAUUUUAUGGUAUACAGUAUUAUAUUAGUUUCAAGUAAACAACAUACUGAUUUGACAGUUAUUUACACUAUUAAAUGCCCACCCCAAUAAGUGUAGUUCCUAUCUGCCAACUUAGAAAGAUAUUACAAUAUUGUUGUACAUGUCCAUUUUUAUUUAAUACGUAAGACAACUUUGUGGGUUAAAUUGUUAUUCCCUUUUAUAGACUCAAGGUUCUGGUGACCAGUAAGCUGCUUUAGCUCUCAUAUUUUUAUUACUAUACCACAUAAUAAUAAAUUACACUGAAAUGAACAGUUCGACUGCCUUUGUUUUUCUUUGUAUAUAAUUAAACACUUCCAAUGAAGUAUUUCUUUGCCUUCUUCUCAUCCAUGGAUUCUUUUCCUUUUCCUUUGUCCAUGGCUAUUUUUAAUUAUUUUGGGAUCAACAAUUUUAAUUAUUAUCUUUUUAGGGUUGUGCUUUUUUGUCUCCUGAAUCCUUUACCUGUCUAUCAUUUCUAUUGAUGGCUCUUCACUUUUCAGUCAGAAAGGCAAAUUUGAAGAUAUUACUGAUAGGAAUUUAUUGUUUUUUCUUUGCUGAGUUUUUUCUUUUCUUUGUUUUUGUUUUUCUCUGUUGGAAGACCAGUGGAAAGAUUGUGGGGAAGGAGGGAGCAGUAAAGUGAAGUGAGUAGAAGAAAUGUUGCAGGAUUGCUCAGGGAAGAAAAAUGAAAUGCCGACCUCAGAAAGUGUGUUUGUGCCCAUUUCUACCAGUACAUCCUCUACACAUCUCUACCCACUUGUACAUAAUUCAGCAUCCAGCAGAGGAAAAUAAAGUGUUGCGGACAGUUCCUCUACUAGCAGCGUGCCUCCCCCAGGACAAGUGUAAAGUCAAGGUUGGUCGUCGCUUCAGUGAAGAAAGAGAUCCUGAAAUUUCAACUGUUUGUCGGAAAUCUGACACAUUAAUAUUAUAUCCAGGGGCUGAGGCUGCUAAUUUGGAAGAAUUUAUAUUAGAUUCUCCUAUUUAUCCUUCCACCAUCAUCAUCAUUGAUGGUACAUGGAGCCAGGCAAAGGACAUUUUCUAUAAGAAUUCCUUGUUCCGACUGCCAAAACAGGUGCAGUUAAAAACUAGCAUUUCUAGUCAAUAUGUAAUUCGGACACAACCAACUAACAGGUGCCUUUCUACACUGGAGUGUGCAGCUGUUGCUCUUUCCAUCUUGGAGAAUAAUAAUUGCAUACAAGAGAUUUUGUUUCGCCCUCUUCAAGCUUUAUGCUCUUUCCAGCUUCAGCAUGGUGCUCAAAUUCGCCUCAGCAAGGAACACCUUCUGAAAAAUGGAUUAUAUCCUAAGCCCAUGCCAAAGAACAAACGCAAACUCAGGAAAAUGGAACUGUUAAUGAACAGUGUUAAAAUUUAGUACAGUUGUUCUUAUGGUGCUAAUUAUGGUGUCUUCAGUAAGUUUUCUUACAAUUUAAGUCUGUGGGUUUUGACUAUCUCUUUUAAAAGAAUGAGAGUUACAUACUAAACUUGCCCAGAAGAAGGAGGUAAACCAAAAAGCCAUAGGAGCAAACAAAAACAAUUUCACUGACCUAGUAAAAAGCAAGAUUUUAUACUGUAUUUGUUUUUAAAAAUGUGCCUGUAAUGCAUUCUUUCAAAUCCAUAAUUUGAAAUGUCAUUAGUUGUUGAGUUGGAUAGGAAGUUGCUAGUUUAUACAAAGAAGAAAAUUGUUGUGCCCGAUUGGGACAGUAGUGUUUCCAUUAAUGUUUAUAAAUAAUUAGGUAUGGACCUGUAAUAAAGGAUACUUCAAUCGAUUUAUAGUCUUGUACAUAAACUUUAUAGUUUGAAAUAAACAUCAAAAGGAAAUAAUGAUUAUCAAGUAGCUUAGAUUGAAGUUAAUCAAUUUCAUACAAUAGUAUAGGCAUACCUCAGAGAUACUGUGAGUUUGUUUUCAGACCAUGGCAAUAAAGUGAAUAUAGCAUUAAAGUGAGUCAAAUAAACUUUUUGGUUCCCUAGUGCAUUUAAAAAUUUUGUUUACACUGUACUUUAUCAAGUGUGCAACAGCAUUUUGUCUAAAAAAAUUGACAUACCUUAAUUAAAAGUUGAUUUCCAAACAAUGCUAACCAUCAUCUGAGCUUUCAGUAAGUCAUAAAACUGAUCAUGGAUCACUAUAACAAAUAUAAUUGAAAAAAUUUUAAAUGUUGCAGAAAUUACCAAAACAUAACAUAGAGACACAAAGUGAAUAAAUGCUAAAUGCUGUUGGAAAAAGGCACUGAUAGACUUGUUUGAUGUAGGGUUGCCACAAGCCUUCAAUUUGUAAAAAACACAGUGUCUUUGAAACCCAAAAAAGUGAAGCACAAUAAAAUGUGAUAUGCCUGUAUAACAAUAAGGAAACUAAAUAUUCUUUGGGGACUCAACUUGAACUCAGCUAAUGUAAUUUGAGUGUUCUUUACAUUGCCCUAAUUUUUUUAUUAAGGUAUAAUUGACAUAUAACAUUAUGUUAGUUUAAGGCAAAGAAGAUCAUGAUUUGACAUUUGUCAACACUGCAAAAUUAUCACAAUAAGUCUAGUUAUCAUGGUGACAACAAAACUUUUUCUCAUGAUGAGAACUUUUAAGAUACCCUUUCUUAGCAACUUUCAAAUAUGCAAUACAGUAUUAUUAACUAUAGUUACCAUGCUAUACCUUACAUCCACAUGACUUAACUUAUUUUAUAAUUGGAAGUUUGUAUCUUUUGACUUCUUCACCGUUUGCUCCCCGGCAGUCCCUGCCUCUGGCAGCCACCAAUCUGUUCUCUGUGUCUGUGAGCAUGUUUUUUCUUAAGAUUCUACAUAUAAAUGAUAUCAUAUAGUAUUUGUCUAUCUAGCCUAUUUCACUUAGCACAGUGCCCUCAAGGUCCAAAUAUGUUGUCACAAAUGUCAGGUUUUAUUCUUUUUAUGGCUGAGUAUAUUACCCUGUUUAACACAUUUUCUUUAUCCAUUCAUCCACUGAUGGACACUCAGGUUUGCUUCCAUGUCUUGGCUACUGCAAAUAAUGCUGCAAUGAACAUGCGGGUGCAUUUUUUCGGUUAGUGUUUUUAUUUUUAUUUUUGGAUAAAUACCCAAAAGUGGAAUUGCUGGAUCACAUGGUAGUUCUGUUUUUAAUUUUUUGAGGAACCUUUAUGCUAUUUCCCAUAGUGGGUGCAACAAUCUACAUUCCCACCAACAGUGCAUAAGGAUUCCCUUUUCUCCAUUUCCUCACCAACACUUGUGAUUUCUUGUCUUUUUAAUAAUAGCCAUUCUAACAGGAGUGAGAUGAUAUCUCAUUGUGGUUUUGAUUUGCAUUUACCUGCUGAUUAGUGAUGUGGAGCAUCUUCUCAUGUAUAUUUGCUGGCUGUCUGUAUGUUUAGAAAAUGUUUAUUCAAGAUCCUCUGCCAUUUUUUAUUGAAUUGUUUGCAUUUUUUUCUCUGCUAUAGAAUUAUAUGAAUACUUUAUGUAUUUUAGAUAUUAACCUCCUAUCAGAUACAUGAUUCACAAAUGUUAUCUCCAGCUUGGUAGGUUGUCUUUUCAUUUUAUUUAUGAUUUUCUUUGCUGUGCAGAAGCUUUUUGGUUUGAAGUAGUCCCACUUGUUUAUUUUUGCUUUUGGUGUCAGAUCCAAAGCAUCAUUGCCAAGACUGUUGUCAAGAAAAUUAUUGCCUAUAUUUUCAUCUGGGAAUUUUAUAGCUUUGGGUCCUAACGUUCAAGUCUUUAAUCCAUUUUGAGUUAAUUUUUAUGUAUAGUGUAAGGUAGUGAUCCAGAGUCAUUCUUUACAUGUGGCUGUCCAGUUUUCCCAGCACCAUUUAUUGAAGUGACUGUUAUUUCCCCAUUGCAUAUCUUGGCUUCUUUUCAUAAAUUAAUGGAGGAUAUAUGUGUGGGUUUAUUUCUGGGCUCUCUGUUCUGUUCCAUUGAUCUGUGUGUCUGUUUUUAUGCCAGCACUGUACUGUUUUAAUUGCUAUAGCUUUGUAAUAUAGUUUGAAACCAGGGCACAUGAUGCCUCCAGUUUUGUUCUUUCUCAAGAAUUCUUUGGCUAUUCACAGUCUCUUGUGGUUCCAUGAGAAUAUUAGGCUUUUUUUUGUAUUUCUGUGAAAAAUGCCUUUGGAGUUUUGAUAGGGAUUGGACUGAAUCUAUCUAUAGAUUGCUUUGUGUAGCAGCCCUGAUUUUUAAAGAGGUGCAUGUAAUUUUGAAGUAACAUACAUUUUCAUUGUUAAGCACUCUGAAUAAGUUUAGAUUUUUCAGUAUUCACUGAACAGGUUUAUUAACUGUGAUAAACUUGUUAUAAUGACAUUUUCAUAUGGAAAUAACUGAAGUAGAAUAUAAUACAAUUGUAAUUUUGAGAACAUAUUUCUGUAACUAGGGCUAUUUAAAUCUUUUUUAGUGGAUAAAAACUUUUAAUUUGAAAGAAUAAAUUUCCUCUAUACCCCCUGGGAAGAUACUCACUGAGAUUUGUAUAGAAUGAGAGACAUGUAUACAAUAUUUAUUUAUAUCUAAUUUUAAUCUCCUGCAGUUAUGUACACAUUUUGACAAGAAGAGGGGACUUUGUUUUGCCUCUUUAUUAUGUCUGGAGUUUCCUGCAGCCAGUCUGAAGUUGUAAGGAAAAACUAAACAUAUGAUUUAAAAGUAAGCUUUAAUAUAUACAUAUUUAUAUAUGUAUGUAUAUAUAUGUAUACAUGUACUUAAUGUGUAUUUAUGAUACAUAAGCAUACACUAAUGGUUAUUUUUGACCAUUUUCAUACUAUUUAUUUGUUUACUGUUCACUUGGAUUAGACCCUUAUUAAAAGCUUUAACACUGGUCAUAAUUGCAAUGCUAAUGAAUGUUUGGGGAAACUAUUUAGAAAAUAUUUAAAAAUAUUAAAUGGAAGUUAGAUUUCAUCUUCUAUUGUUGCUUUUUUUGGAUUUAAAAACAAGUUAGUUCAUUUAUAAUCUAAAACACCUAAAAUCAAAUGAUUAUUGAGGUAUAAAAAAAGAAAUAGUAUAUAAUAAUGUAUAAUGGUUUCUUAACAAAUGGGGUAAAAUAAUCUUGCAGCAAUUGUUUUUAUGUUAGAAUUAAAUUUAUUAAAUUUCCUUUAUCCAUAAUUAUUAUUAUUUUUUAAGAAAAGUUCCUACAUAAGAUACCAUUUAAAUCUUAAAAUUGUAGUUUAAUUUGUGUUGAUUUUUUAGAAUAAUCACUACUUUUAUUUUUUAAGUACAACAUUUUAGGGUAUUUUUUGAACACUUAUGAAAGCUUAAAAUUUAGUGUUUUUGGAAAUGCACAUUUUUUAAAGUAUCUGCAGUUCUCCAAAUUAUUUU